UAGGAAGCAGGAAAUCAACAAUGUGAAAACAGAGUGGAAAGUAGUGUAACCAGAACACUUUCAAUCUGUGAUGCGUCUCAAUAUUUUUGUUGUGUUUAUAGAUUGCUAUAAAAGGAACCUACAUGCGCAACGUUUGAUUUGUUUGUGUAACUCGCAAGGCAGUAAGCUAGGCAGUUUAUUCCCUGAGGAUGUCUCUUGUGCAUACCCUUGCCACACUGUUGCGGAAUAAUGGUGACUCUGUGUUGGAUGGCUCAAGCACUCUGACUCUGCAGGUGCCUUGCAUACAGCAUCUGACAUGUCUCUUUGAACAGUACUUGAUCUCACGCACACAACAGCACGGCUUCCUGGCUUUGCCAUCACACCCAGCUGAUACCACCUCGCUGCUCCAUGUGCAGUUCCUCUUUGACAUGCUACAGAAGACCAUCUCACUCAAGCUUAUCCAUCCACCUGGGGCAAGACUGCAGUCCAUUGUGAAAAUUUUCCCCUUUAAGUCCCUCAAGCGCUUAGAGCUGAAAAGAAUUCCUCCUCAUUGUCUGGAAGGGCUACGUGGUGUCUACUCUCAGUUGGAGGUCUUCAUCUGCUCUAAAAGCCUCAACACUUUAGAGGAGCUACUGUUUCUCUGUGGAGGAGAUCUCAGUAAUGCCUUGCCUUGGUUAGAACUUCACACCCUGAACUUCAGUUACAACUCUAUUUCCUGUCUUGAUGAAUCUCUGAGUUUGUUGAAUGUCCUGAAGUCACUGGAUUUAAGCCAUAACAAGAUCCAGAAAUGUGCUGAAUUCCUGAAGCCACUCUGUGAGCUUGAACAUCUCAAUCUUGCCUACAACAAUCUGCAGAGAGCACCAGAGCUUAGCCUGAGCGCUAGAGCAAGAUUGGUCACUUUGGUGCUCAGACACAACGAACUGGAAAGCAUUGAUGGAGUGGAGCAUUUAUCUUCUCUUCAGCAUCUUGACCUCGCCUACAACCUGCUAAUGGAGCACACUCAACUAGCUCCACUCUCCUUUCUGCAUAAUCUCAAUAUGAUAAAUCUAGAAGGCAACCCUCUGUUCUUCGAAAAUGCACACAGGAAAUCAACCAUUUGUCACCUUUCUCCACAAGCAACUUUCCGUGGACUUCAGCUGGAUGGUACCACAUUGAUUUCCACUGAACAUGCAGUUUUGCCAAAACCCAGGCAGCUAAUACAUCAAAUGUCUCAAACACGCCAAGUUGCCAAAGCACCUGAACAGAUUGUGCAAGACAUGUCGAUUGGAAGAAGAGAGUUGCCUAUCAGUGAAUCCGGAACAAGUCGUUUCUCCAGGAGGAAAUUCAAGCAUAAGGUGAAGGUGAGGACAGCUAGCAUCUCGGAACCCAGUGAUACAGAGCCCAGUUCAUCAUCUUUGCAAGACAUCAUCCUGUGCCACCAGAAGGACAUUGAGAUGUUGGACAGUUUCCGCGAGCAGAUGGGUGAGGACUGGCUACGCUACCAUCAUCUUCAUGACAUGCCAGCCCUUGUGUCUGGCCCCAAGGUGGACAGACUUGUAGCACAGGUGAUUGAUGAAAACCACUGCACCCCUUCGACUUCACCAACCAAAAUUGAUUGCACCAUACCCAGAUUAGAGACUCUCCCUAUUCCACUGUUGUCCUCUGAGUCAAAAAAAGAAGAGGAGAUCUUGGGCUUUCAGCCUAAGACUGAAUCUGCCCUGCAGUGGACAGGCCACAGCUUUGUGGACAUAGAGUCUACCCUUGAGACAAGUCUAGGAGACCCACAACAUCCAGAGAAGGCCUGUACUGAUCCAGUAUUUGGAGAAGAGAACCUUGGAGUGGACCUUUGUAGGCCUAUGCUGGUCAGGGUGCUCUAUGAAAUUGAGGAUUUUAAUGGGAGGAUGGAGUCCGAACCGUUGUUCCUGAGAGUGUAUCAGGCUCAUAUUUUGGAGGUGGAUAUCCAUCAAGGCUGUGUCAGAAGCCAGUUUGAGCUGGGCAGCUUGCGGCAGGUCACCACCUCUCAAGCCACCUGGACAGAGAAGGGAAAGGAGAACCCUCACCUCGCUCUAGAAUUGCGCUUUAGCUACAUUAGUCACGGAAGACAGAAACGAUGCUACCUCAUGCUGGAUGAUGACCCUCAGGAAGCCUUGCAGGUUCUUCUGGAGUUGCUCUGUAGGGUUGCAGUGGAGAAUGAGCAGCAGGCAGAAAAGGAAAAAACGGCAGUUGUUCGGCUACAGUGUCUGAAGUGCCAAGCUGAAUUUUUCCAGUCUCCAUCUAAAAAUCUGGUGUGUGCCCUGUCUGAACCAGGUGUAUAUCAAGACAAGACAACAGAGAAAGAGCACACUGCUGGUGAUGCUGUAUUUUGCCCAGAAUGCAACAGUGAUCAUGUGAUCCAGCUUGCUGGCCAAACAACUACUUCCACCAGUCUGCCAGUCCCCUGUGGCUUUGGUCUGAAUGGUGAUACAUGCUUCAGAUUUGAUAAUAUUGACACUCAGAAGCCCUUGAGCCAGGAUGAAUCUCUUUGCAGCCCCAUUCAUGUAAGAACGUCCUCUGAAGUUUCUACACUGCCUGAGGGGACGACAGACACCUUCCUCACUGCCCAGUGCAGCCUGUUUAACAGUAUAUCCAGUCAGAGUGAGGACAACCCCGACCAUCUGAUUAGCUUCCACUCAUUUGACAGCCAAGUGCUCAGUGACCAGGAAGGGUCAGAGGAUGGGCUUGCUCAAAGCUGUGCUGGCUCUCAGGGACUUCUGAAUCCCCAAUCGCCUCAACACACACAAAGAGAUGGUCAUGAUGUUCUAUCUGAAGAUUUUGAAACUGUUGACCACCGGUUGAAACUCUUCCUGGAUGUGGAAGUUUUUGAGGGAGAAGAAGAUAUUCAUUGCUUCCUGAAAAUGUCUGUUGUGAAAUUUGGAGAUCCAGUAGAAUUCCCUUCUCUCAUGAUUGUGUCCAAUCAACGCAUCUACAUACUAGAAAUUACUUCUCAGUCAGAAGGGCAUCCAUCCGAUUGGCUGCAGAAGAGGGACAGCCAUCGGCUGAGUGAGCUCAGCUACCUGGAGGUGGGUCUCGGUGCACAAAGCAUCCACAUGGAGUUUGAUGUGAGAGUUGUUGCAUACACACUUUUGGUUCGUGACAGUACUCGUUGCAAACGCUUCUUCAACCGACUGACAGCAAUAGCAAAGGAGCUUGCCCCAAAGUCUGACAGCAAACUUAAGACCAUCUCAACCACACGACUGAAUCCCAAACACCAUCUCUGGCCUCUUGUUUGCGAAGGCAGUAAAACAAGCAAUGAAGAAGACAGCCAUCCUCCAUUCUUUUACCUGCUGGCCUUCCUUCAGCUAGGUGACUCUUUGACCUCAGUGACUGUUCUGGCCACUCUAGAAACACUUUUCCUCCUUGAUGAAGACUACCAAUGGAGUAAGAACUGCUCAAGGCUAGCAGCCAGUGUGGAGGCACAAACCACCAGCGGGCCAGUCACCAUUCGCGAAACGCAGCCCAUCAGCUGCGUCAGCUCAAUCCUUCUAUUCUCGACUGAUCCAUGCCAGGUGUACAUUCAACUUUAUGAUGAGCUAGCCAAAGAGGAGAAGACAUGGCCUUUAAGGGCUGAGACUGUGAAGGAGAUCCAAGGUUUAGUGAACUGGAUUAAGGAACAGUGGGAGGCCAUGUUUGGAGUCAAACUCAUCACUGCUAUUCAGUAGUGACUUUGUUCAUCUACUGUUGUAUUUUCUACUAUUGCACAGUUCUCGGUCUUUUUAUGAGCACAAGUUUUUUUGCACCGUCCACUAGGGGUUCCACAGAUUUUCUGUGUCAUCUGUUUAUUUGUGUAAAUAAAUGCACAAUUUUUCCCCACAGAUUUUAUCUGUGUAUUAUUAAUGGUAAUGUUUCUUAUUGUUCUAGGACAUCAUGCUCUAGGUCCCAUGGAAUAAUAUCAUGGUUUAGAUCCUGCAGAAUAUUCUCUUUGUUGCUGUAAAAACUUAAUUAAUUCAGUAUGUGCGUAACUAAUCAAUGGAAAUGUGUUGCAACACAAGCCACUUUAAUCUGAGGGUAAUGUAAUCUGUUAUAAAUAAAGGCUGUAUUGCAAUCCACUGUUCAUAACAGUUAGGAUUGGGAUGUGUACAGUGGUGCUUGAAAGUUUGUGACCCCUUUAAAAUUUUUAUAUUUCUGCAUAAAUAUAAAAGAAAAUGUUGUCAGAUUUUUCACACAAGUCCUAAAAGUAAGGAGGACCCAAUUAAACAAAUCCGAUAAAAAUA